AGCUGCUCGAGUUGCCCGUCAACCUGCUGCCACCAUGAGCACCAUGACGAGCCAAAUGCCCACCAUUUUGUGUUGCAUGUGCGCGACGCCCAUUGUGGCGAACGCAGCCAACACGUGCGUGAGCUGCCUCAAGUCACAGGUGGACGUGACUGAAGGUAUCCCUAAAGAAGUGAUUAUCCACCAAUGUCGUGGCUGCAUGCGCUGGUCUCGUCCACCUUGGGUGGCGGCUGAGCUGGAGUCCCGCGAGCUUCUAGCUAUGUGUCUCAAGAAGAUCAACAACCUUAACCGCGUCAAGCUCAUUGACGCCAACUGGAUCUGGACGGAGCCUCACUCGCGUCGUCUCAAACUCAAACUCACAGUGCAGAAGGAAGUGUUGAGCAAGAUGAUCAUGCAGCAAUCUUUCGUUGUCACCUUCGUGGUGCGCAACCAGCAGUGUGACGCCUGUCAGGCCUCGUUCGCCAAUCAGUCCUGGCGUGCUGUGGUGCAGGUGCGUCAGCGCGUGGACCACAAGCGCACGUUCUUCUUCCUGGAGCAGCUUAUUCUGAAGCACCGCGCCCACGAGAAGACCACAAACAUCGAGUCUCACCCAGACGGCGUCGAUUUCUUUUUCUCAGAACGCAACCACGCACUGCGUUUCGUGGAUUUCUUGCAAGAAUCUGUCCCCAUGAAGGUCAAAACAGCCAAGAAGCUCAUUUCAGCUGAUAACCACAGCAACACGCACAACUACAAGUUCACGUACGCUGUGGAGAUCGCCCCAGUGUGCAAGGACGAUCUGGUACUGCUACCAGUGAAGCUGGCGCGUAUGCUAGGCAACAUGUCUUGUCUGUGUCUCGUGCAGUCCGUCACUUCUUCCAUUCACGUUGUCGACCCGUUCACCACCCAAGUGGCCGAGGUCGACUCGGAAAAGUACUGGCGCUAUCCGUUCCGUGCGUUGCGAUCGAUCAAGGCCAUGACGGACCUUACAGUUCUGGACUCGAACCCGAUGGCGAUUCCUUCGGGUGGAGGCCGAGCGAUCCGUGUGACUCGCAAGACCCGAUUGGCUGAUAUGGAGGUUGUUCGCGACGCGGAUUUCGGCGUGAAUGACACGCGAUUCCGCACUGUGAGCCACCUCGGCAUGCUUCUGCACGUCGGAGACUCUGCUCGUGGGUACGAUCUGACGUCUGCGGUUUUUAACGACGCUGAUCUGGUGCCGCUGGUGCAGUCGGGUCUGACUCUGCCCGAUGUGGUGCUCGUGAAGAAAAUGUUCCCUCGUCGCAUCCAGAAGCGUGCACGUAACUGGAAGCUGAAGAAGAUGGAAGGAGUGGAGCAGGCAGGCCCCGUUCGUAAGGCUGAUUUAUCCAAGGAAGAGCAGGACUAUGAGCAGUUUAUGGACGAACUUGAGGAGGACAAGGAGAUGCGCUCUCAGAUCAACCUGUACAAGGAUGAAACCAAGCCGGCUCAGCCUGCGGAGGACGACGACGCGAUGGACGAGGACGAUGUUGGCGCUCCAGCUGUGGAGCUGCAUGAGCUACUCGACGAUCUGGCCAUGAAGGACGACGAUCCUACGCCGCAGAUUUUGUCCGAGACCGAAGCUAACCAGACCUCAGCGUGGGAGCUGGAGGAGCUGUAA